AUGCCUAAACGGAUUCUCCACGAUGAAAUCGCUAUCGUGAGCGGUUCCAGCUCAGGUAUCAGUGCUCAUAUUGGCCACGAACUUGAGUGGCGAGGCGCAAACGUGAUUAUCAAUUACACAUACCCGAAGCUACGAGAAGAGGCAGAAAAGUUGGCAGCAAGCUUGCCCACCGGAUCAAUUGCGGUGGAAGCCGACACCUCUACAAUCGAUGGAUCGAAGAAACUUGUCCAAGAGGCUAUCAAAGAGUUUGGCAGGGUUGAAAUUCUCAUUAAAACUGCGGCGUUCGCAGUUAAUAAGCCAUUCGAAGAAUAG